AUGCAGGCGGAGCAGGAGAACCAGAAGUUUGCGGAAGAUGAGGCCGACUUGAAGAGCAUGAGGAACCGCGCGGAGACCAAGGCCAAGCAGGCGAAGGCCGAGAGGCGGAGUUUGGAGUCGAAGCUGAAGGAGCUCGAGGCCGAGGCCAAUGCGCGGACGGCAGAGCUGGCCACAGCCCUCGCAGCAGAGAAGGCUGGAAAACGAAAGCUCGAGGAGCAGCUGACUCAGGCCACCUCACAGCUGCAGCAGUCAACGGAGGCGCUAGAGCUGGAGCAGGCCCUGGAGAGGGCCGUGGUGAGGUCGCCAAAGUGGAAUCCGAGAAGCGCCUGGAGCUUUGAAAAGCAGAUGAUCUUGAAUGACGCUGCUCAGCUGGAGCAGAAGUUGGCGAAGUUUCAAGAGGAGGCGAGACGUAUGGAGGCUGACCACGAUAAGGUCGUGGCCAGCUUGCAGGCCAAGUCGCAGGCGUUGGAAAAGGAGAACCAGGAAUUGAAGGCCACUGCUACUCGCCUCGAGAAGAAGGUUUCCUCGGCUCAGAAGGAGGCUGAGGAGGAGCUUCAGCAGCUGUCAACAUCGUUGAAGUCAGAGAAGGAUGCGAAAGCCGAGCUGGAGAAGCUCCUCCGCUCUAGUGAGGCCAAGCUGGCGAAGCAACAGAAGGAUGUGUCGAUGCAAGCAGAAGAACGACAGGUCGUGGCCAGUUUGCAGGCCAAGUCGCAGGCGUUGGAAAAGGAGAACCAGGAAUUGAAGGCCACUGCUACUCGCCUCGAGAAGAAGGUUUCCUCGGCUCAGAAGGAGGCCGACGAAAGAUUACAGCAGCUGACCUCUGCUUUGGAGGCGGAGAAGGUCGCCAAAGCCGAAGCCUUGGAAGACUUGGCCUCCGCCGGGAAGGCAGAAAAGCGACUCCAGCUGGAUCAUGAUCGAGCCGUGAAGAGCUUGCUCGUGAACGCAGACGCCAUGGCCGAAGAGAACGAGUCCUUGAAGGCCUCCUGCUCUGCGCUGGAGCAGAAGUUGGCAAGCCUUCGGAAAGAGGCUGACGAGAAAGAGGAGCAUUCCAAGCAGGCGAUGGCGUCUCAGCAGGCCGCCCGCGCUGAGCUGGAAGAGCUCGAGGAGCGCCUCACGGGUGAUCGGGAGCAGGCCGUGGCAGAACUCCACGUGAAGGCGGAUGCCCUGAAGAAGGAGAACGCCUCGCUCAAGGCGUCUAUGACCAAGUUGGAGAACAAGUUGAAAGCUCUCCGGAAAGAGGCCGAAGAUCAGGCCGAGCUCCUUGUGGAUGCAGUGGAGGCAGCCCGAGCAGAAGGCGCAGCAGAGUCCGCAGCAGCGAUGGAGGAGGCCGAAGAGAAACUCGAGCAGACCACUGAGGCGCUGGCGAACGCAGAGGCGACGCUGCGGCAUCUUCAGAAUAAGCUCCGAGAAAGCCAGGCAGAGGUGCAAGAGGAGCAGGCGCGAGCUUCGGAGGAACGUCAUGCUUUGGUGCAACUUGCUGCAAAUCUAAGCAUCCAGAAGCCUCUUUUCAGAGCUGUGGGCCACCGAGCCAUGACGCCGGUAGCCGUGGACCCUCCAAACUGGCCCUCCGGUGCAUCCCUGGACGAGGAGGCAGUCUCUGCACUGCACACGGCGCACCAUGCGCAGCCUAGAAGUGUCCUGGGCUGCCACAGGCUGGCCCAUAGCGACGAAAGUGGCUCCGAUUUGUAUGUCUUUCGCAUCUGGCAUCAAGCCCUUGAAAGAGAUUGGGAGGCGGAGAAGAAACAAGUCAAACUGCAGCUGCUGCUGGACGAGGAAUCCAAGCCGAUUCCACUGGUCCGCCGCUGCGCAUGGCUUUACGAAGCUGUGGUGCAGUUGCCUGCAGACUGGCUGCCGCCCGAUGAUGGCGCCGGUGGAGCACCUGUUGGCGGGGUCCUCCACUUGCCCAGAUACUACGUGAUCGCCCCCACGGAGGAGGGAGAGCAGAUCCUCCACGACUGCUUUGGCUACGUCGGCUUCUUGCUUGCCGAGGUGGAGAUCGAGCAGCUGCAGCAGGGCAGCUUUCCUACAAUCGCCGAUGCUCUGGGCUGUCAUGCAGUCACGGCCGGUGGCGUUUGCGGCCUGCGGUUUGCGACCUGGGCGCCGAGGGCCCAAUUCGUCAGCGUAGUAGGAGAUUGGAACACCUGGGAUGGCCGAGCGUCGCCGAUGGCACGGCGACACAGAGCGGAAGGUGGGGGCUUCUCCGGCCUUUGGGAGAUCUUUGUUCCUUUCGGCCCGGACUUGUCGCACGUGCCUUUUGGAAGUACGUACGGCUUCAAGAUUCAUACUGGGGCGGGCCUGGACAUCGUGAAGAUGGACCCCUUUGCGCAAGAGUUUGAGAAGCCCAGCGACCUACACCAGAGCCCUACCUUCAACGCCUCUGUGGUCAGUGCUUGUGACGACAAUUACCGACCAGAGCCGUUUGAGUGGGGCGACGAGGCGUGGAUGCUGGCUCGGGAGGAGCGAGGCCGCCUGAACACAGCCUUGCUGCAGCCGAUGGCCAUCUACGAGGUGCAUUUGCCCUCGUGGAGACGUGGUGCAGAUGGGGAGCUUCUGAGCUACAGGGAGCUCACGCAGCCCCUCAUUGACCACGUCAAGGCUCUAAACUUCAAUUGGGUGGAGCUCAUGGCUCUGGCGCAUCACCCCUUCCUCGGCUCUUGGGGCUACCAGGUCUCAGGGUACUACAGCUCUUUUUCGCUUAUGGGCUCGCCCGACGAUUUGAAGCACCUCAUCAACGAGCUGCAUAAGGCAGGCCUUGGCGUAAUUAUGGACUUCGUUCCUGCGCACUUUUGCAGGGACGCCUGUAGUUUUGGCGACUUUGACGGCACACCAACGUACGAGUACGAGGACCCGCGUGAAGGAGAACAGAGGCAAUGGGGCACCAAAAUCUUCAACUUCCGGAAGAACGAGGUGCGCAGCUUCCUCGUGGGCUCUGCGUUGUUCUGGGCCGAGCGCUACCACAUCGAUGGCUUCCGGUGCGACGCUGUGUCGGCCAUGAUCUACCGAAACUUUGGUAAAGCCGAUCACGAGUGGGUUCGAAAUGAGCAUGGCGGUGACAGCAACUUGGAAGCCGUGUCACUUCUGCGAGAGCUGAACAAGUCCAUGAAGCUGUUCUGGCCAGGUGUGGUGAUGAUCGCGGAGGAGUCCACUGCCUGGGAGGGCGUCACGACCCUGAGGAACGUCUCCUCUGGCCUCGGCUUCGAUCUCAAGUGGGAUCUGGGCUGGAUGAAUGACACACUCAUCUACCUCGAGGAGCCGGCUUGGAACAGGCCUUCGAAUCACAGCAAGCUCACCUUCCGAUCUCAGUACAUGCAGAACGAGCGCUUCGUUUCGCCCCUGUCCCACGACGAGGUGGCGAACAUGAAGGGCAGCUUGGUGGAAAAGAUGGGCCGCAAGGAUGGACUUGGCUUUUACGACAAGUUGCGCUUACUCUGCGCCUACUACGGCUUUCAAGCCACGGCUCCUGGGCGCCCGCUGCUUUUCAUGGGACAGGAAUACGGCCAGGGUCGCGAGUGGAACUGCUACCAGUCUCUCGACUGGCACGAGGGCGAGGAAGAUCACAGAAAAGGAGUUUGCGUUUGGCUCGCAGACCUCCUGGGAGUCUAUCAGCACCACCGUCCUCUUCACAUGGGAGACGACUUUCCGCAGACCCGGCAAUUUCCUAUUGGCUCGAUGAGCUUUGAGUGGGUCGAGAACAACGCAGGCGCCUGCGUUCUCGCUUUCUGCCGACACUGGAAGGGAGAGAGACCUGUCAUGGCCAUCUUCAAUUUCGGCAGCCAGUAUCACCAUGGGUAUACGAUCGGCAGCCCCUACUGGGGAGGCUGGCAGGUGCUCCUAAACUCCGACGACCGCCGCUAUGGCGGCCGCGGGGGCGGGCCGGGCAACUCGAGCUGUCUCUGGACUGGCAAAGCACGAUCCGACUGCUCGGAUUCGCUGACCUUGGAUAUCCCAUCCAAUAGUUGCCUCGUUCUCUUGGCCCCGGAGAACUUCGAAGACUGCAAGGCAGUGCGCCAACCGGUCGGAAUGAAGGGCACGGCCGACACCAUGUGCGCAGACAUCGAGUAUUGCCUUGGCGACAUCGGCUUCUGA